AUGGACAAGCUUCCCAGUGCCGAUGAGAUGCGAGAGACGCUCGCGCAGCGCGAGGACAAGAUCCGCGAGUCGUGGGUGCGCACCAUGGAGGCAAGGAUCGUGCGCGAGGAGCUGCAAAAGUGCCACAAGGCCGAGGGCGUAAACCACUACCAGGCCUGUGCCGAUCUCGCCAAGAAGUACCACUCCUUGUUGGCCGAUGCCAAGGUAACGUAG